AUUUCAGCAUCGAGAGGGGUAGGAAAAGUGGUGGAAGAGGAGGAGGAGGAGGAGGAGGCCUACGUGGAACAGCGGAGUGACAUUGACAUGGAGUCCUCUGGCGAGUACGAGCGAGAGGAGGUGGCAGUGCUAGUCGAAAGAGAACGCACUGGAGACACGAAACGAGCCCUUGAAGAUGUCCGUACAAAGGUAAUGAGUACGAUGGCGGAAAAGGAGGGCUGCAUUACAAACGUCAACGGCGUUUUGGUGUACACUUCCUUCACCUCCGAAUAUCGCAGUCUCUUCCAAUCGAAUGAGGAUGACCUGAAGACUUUCGUGAGACAACUUUUGCACCAAGCGCAUAAUGAAAAUUUUGAUCAGAUAAUUUUUUUGGUGGGAAAACGUCAAGAACCGACGUUUCGAUUGUGCCAGGUUAUUUGUGAAGAGGCGUCGCACCUCCUUGCCACAACGAAAGAGUUGAUCCACAACGUUCUUCUGAUUGCCGAGAAGCUGGUUGGUCGACAGGAGUUGACUUUGCGUGGCAUUGAGUUCCUCUUCUCACGGGACUGCAGAUUGGUUGAUGUCUCCGCCAUAGCAUUACUCAGUACCUGCACCUCGACCUCCCUCCUGUUUGAAAACCCCCUUCUGUGUGCUCUCAACUUCUACAUCAAUCCAAGAUUGAAAUCUCUAUCGUCCUCCUCCAAAGAUCUUUCGGAAAUUGUUCAAUUCCAGCUGCUCAUCAUGUCGGCUGGCUUUACCCCUCAGGAAAUCAUUAGUCUGUACAGACUACUGCUUUCAAUCGCUGCAAUUCGAACUCUAAAAUACUUGAAUUCCGGAUGCUCCACUCAUUGUGGGCGGCUUCAAACUCUCCCAGAAGAUAUCUAUGCAAGCAUUCAAAAGCACAUACUUCGGGGCGAAUCAUUCAAAUCGCCUCCACUAUCAUCUUUUACGGCAAAUGAUGUUGCACAUCUGAUUGGGGUUGAUGAAAAGGCCUUCAACAAUUUGAUGUUUUCAAAAAGCACAUGGGAGGAGCCAACUAGAAGAGGUCUCAUUUCAAGGCAGUUCUGGCGCUACCUCCACCUUCGAAGAAGGCGAAUGUUUCCUUCCUCCAUCACGGCUUUCUCUCAAAACGACUCAGGAUUCUUUGAAGACUUUACUAGCUGUCGCAAGCGAAAUAGAUGGAUGUGGAACCAAAAGCAACCUACUCGAAAUCAAAGACACUACUUCAAAAGACGGCCAAGUAAAACGAAUCCACUUGGGAUACACCACCUUCAGUAUCAGAAGCAUGUGUUCCUUCCGAAGCACCAUGGGAGACCUAAGCCCAAUCGAACAGUGGUGGAAGUUCUUUGCAGGCGACUUCACGUACUCUGUGUUUCCAUGGUGUUCAAUAAGCUGAAUUCCCUACUGCGUGCUUCUCUGAAUAAGGAGUUCUCGGGGAGGGGAAUACGAGUAAAGGUGUACAAUCUCAUACCCUCCUCGAAAUCGCUCGUUUCGAAUGCACUUUUGGAUUUGCUUCAUGCGAGAUUCAUGAAGACGAAGAGGGAAUCGAGCGAUUCAUCUCCACAGGCUCCUCACAUGCGCCAGUGGAGCUCCAUCGCACUACCACCAGAAACAAGUGACCUUCCACUGGUAGCAGUGGAGGCGGUCUACACUGCCCAAGUAGACUUCAACAACCACUGA